AUGACAUCCCCACAGUCUGCAUUGGACGUUGAGAUCCACGAGUCUGUGGAGAAGAACCAGCAUGCCAUGGCCUUGGCCGUGGCAGAUGAUCAGCUUGCGCAUGAGUUUGGGUAUAACCCCGUUUUUGCUCGCAAGUAUGGUACCUGGUCCAGCCUAUCGUUUGCAUUCAGUGUCGGAGGAUUAUUCACCGCCCUGGUCACAACGUUUGCAUACCCUCUUCAGGCUGGCGGGCCGGCAGCCAUUGUAUGGUGUUGGUUCAUAGCCGGUGCCUCGUCUCUCGCCUUGUCUGCUUCGGUGUCUGAGCUUAUAUCCGCCUAUCCCACUGCUGCUGGGGUGACAGCAGCAUGGCUGAAUGUUCUGGGUCAGGUCGCAGCAGUUGCCGCUACUGAAUUUGGUGCCGCCCAAGUCCUGCUGAGUGCAGUGGCUGUCGGUUCUGACUUCACGUUUGAGCCAUCACAACGGAGUACCAUCGGAGUUGCUGCAGGCCUCACCGUGCUGACUGGAGCCAUCAACUCUAUCUCGACCUACUGGAUGGAGAGGAUUCAGAAGACGUUUGUAGUCUUCCAUGUCACUGCGGUGGUUGCCUGCAUUAUCACACUAUUGGCAGUGGAAAAGAACAAGAACAGUGCCUCGUUCGUGUUUUCAACUGUCUCGCCGCAAUCAGGAUGGCAUCCUACGGGGUUUGCCUUCUUGUUCGGAUUUCUGAGUGCUGCAUUCACAAUGACAAACUAUGAUGCCACUGCACACAUAUGCGAGGAAAUCGUAAAUCCUGCAGUCGUUGCUCCUCGGGCGACCUGGUACGCCAACGUUCUGACCUGGGUUUUGGGGCUUGUCUUGAACAUUGUCCUUUGCUUUUGUAUGAAGGAUCCGAUUGCCGUUCUGGCCAACAAAAUAGGCCAGCCUGUGGUGCAGAUAUUCUACGACAGCCUCGGGAAAUCUGGAGCCCUGGCCUUUACUGCUUGUGGCGUCAUCAUCGUCCAGUUCACGGCGAUCGUAUGUAUGCAAUCUCUCAGUCGGACAAUCUUCGCCUUUUCAAGAGACCGGCUGCUGCCUCUUUCCAGCAUCUGGGCCAAAGUCAAUGGGCUCACUGGUAUCCCUCUCUAUGCGGUGUGGCUGUCUGUACUCCUGCCGAUCAUCAUCAGUCUCAUUGGUCUUGGGUCUUAUCAAGCGGUCUCAGCUGUGUUCAAUGUAGCUACAGCUGUUCUUGACCUGAGCUACAUUGUUCCUAUCAGCUGCAAGCUUGCUUUCGGUCGCUUCCAGCGAGGCCCUUGGCAUUUGGGCCCUCUCAGCGUCUGGGUCAAUGUCUACUCCGUUUUCUGGACGCUUUUUAUCACCGUUUUGUUUUUCAUGCCAACCGUCAGGCCGGUGACGGCGGCUAACAUGAAUUACGCGGUUGCCAUCUUUGGUCUCAUCAUGAUCUUUGCCCUGGUUUACUGGCAGAUCGAGGGUAAAAAGUUCUAUACUGGUCCUGUGGAUCAAACAGUAGAUGGAAUCGAGCCUGCAAAUCAAUCAAGGGUGAGUGAAGAUGUUGUGGGCCAAGAGAAACAGCAUGCCGACAAAGUGAUGGCAGGAGGAUAA